AUGCCGAGGUCGUUCUUGGUGAAGAGCAAGCGCGCUCACAGCUAUCACCAGCCCAGGUCCUUGGAGGAUGACUACAGUGGACUCGAUGCUGUUUUAACUCAUAUGUGUGCAGAAAGCCAAGCUCCAGAGGAUUUGAGAUGCCGCUCGGGGGCCCUGGCCGCCAAUGCUCGCGGCAGGAUUUCCCCGGAGUCCCCUAUGGGAGACACCGCUGACCUCUCCUCCAAGUCACCACCCAGCUGCGAGGGCAGCGUAUGCGGCCGGUCCUCGGACUAUGAAGACUUCUGGAGGCCUCCGUCACCCUCUGCGUCACCAGAUUCGGAAAAGUCUUUCACACCCUCCGUGGAUGAAACCCACCACCCCGCCAUCCCCUUCCGACCGUAUGCGUGGAGUAAUUAUUCGGGAUCCGAGCUCAGGAAUCUCGUCCAGCAGCAGUAUCACCACCACCCGAUAACCCUGGAUCGCAGUCCAUCGCUGGGCAUCUACGGGGACAGAGGUACCGACGCUUCUCUCUUGACCGAGCGGGGCUCGGUGGCGGGACUUUACAGCGAUUACUGUUCGGCAAGCGGUCUCUUCGAGAGGAGCAACGCCUCCGGGCUGUACUCGGACCACAGCCUGCACAGCAAGGUCCCAGAAAUCAAGGCUGAGUCAGACCUGCUCUGCACCCGCCUCUUGCUGAACGGAUCCUACAAGUGCAUCAAGUGCAGUAAGGUGUUCUCCACGCCGCACGGUCUGGAGGUGCACGUUCGCAGGUCUCACAGCGGGACCAGACCCUUCGCGUGCGAAAUGUGUGGGAAAACCUUCGGGCACGCGGUCAGCCUGGAGCAGCAUAAAGCCGUUCACUCUCAGGAAAGGAGCUUUGACUGCAAAAUCUGUGGUAAAACAUUUAAAAGGUCGUCCACCCUGUCCACCCAUCUGCUGAUCCACUCUGACACCCGUCCUUACCCCUGUCAGUACUGCGGUAAAAGGUUUCACCAGAAGUCCGACAUGAAGAAACACACCUUCAUUCAUACAGGCGAGAAGCCGCAUAAAUGCCAGGUGUGCGGGAAAGCCUUCAGUCAGAGCUCCAAUCUCAUAACUCACAGCCGGAAGCACACGGGCUUCAAACCGUUCGGAUGCGACCUCUGCGGCAAGGGGUUCCAGCGGAAAGUGGACUUAAGGAGACACAAAGAAACACAGCACGGACUGAAAUGAAGAAACAAUGCCAAGCGCGUGCGCGUGAAACAGUGGCGAUAACGCAUGACUUGUAGUCACACCAAACAAUUAAAAAAAACUGUGCAGGUCUCACGGGCCAGAU